AAACAGAAAAAAUAAAUACGUUAAAGACAGUUAUAUCUAUAUCAAUAAUCCGUUUCUAAGAUAUUCAUAAUUUGAAUAUGUGAAAGAAAGCAGAUAUUUCAUUUUCUCGGAUGUGUGUGCAUCAAAUAAACGAUGGACAUAAUAUAGAAACUGUUAUAUUGGAUUGCUUGGGAUCGGUGUCAGAUACAGAAGAUCAAAACCAAGUCGGUUCAAUAAUCUUUAUCAACUGUAAACAUCAGAGCAUUUAGAGCAUUCCUCAUCUCUUUAAAAGAUAAAGAAUAGGAAAAAAUAGAUGGCCAAUGAAUAACCUUGAACUCAUAAUUUCCGUGGAAUGCGGUUUGUUGGUAAUAUUUGUUCUCGGGAUGGUUAUCGUCUUCAUGAUACGCAAAUGGAGAAACAUUACGCGUGUCCACACUAGUAAUCGACCAAAUUGUCAACAACAGGCCAUGAAUUAUAUUGUCUUACCUCAAAGUAACACACACAUGCUAGAGCAGGAAGCAAACGUAAAGCAGGUCAACCAUGAUUAUGAUGAAUGUAAUGAGACAGUGGAUUAUACAUUACUGGAGGAUAGAACUGAUUCAGGACGACUCUAUUUUUCUCUAAAAUAUGACAACGAAAAAUCAACUCUGACGAUAAAACUUAUUAAAGGCGAAAAUCUACCAUUAAUCACGGAAGAAGAAACGAAGGCUUUUGUCAGCGUUCGUCUAAUUUCCCAACAAGUGAAUGAUUUUGAUGGCGACAAGAACGGUGGAAAUUAUAAAAGGACUUAUACGUUUACUAUAGCUUCAGUGGAUUUUUUUUCUUACUCAAUUCAUUUCGAGAUAAGUCGAUUUAAUCGCUACUCCAGAAAAUUUAAUGUAGGUCACGUGAUUGUAUCGUUAGGUGAGCUCGGAGUUGAUAUUAGCAAUCGGGAAGUGUUUUUCGUAAGAAGUAUAACCGCGGCUAAAACCACACAGGUGAAUAAAAGAAAAAGGGUUCAAUCAUCUUAUACUAAUCACGAUGAGGAAAGUCAAGCAUUACAUGGUGUGAAAAGAGAACGAAAUGUAAAAAAGAGAUCUCGUCUUCUAUGGCUUAAAUUAAGUCAUGCAGUUCAUGCUGGGAUUUACGAGGGAUUAAUAAGUACACGAAAUGAAUCAUUACAAUGGGAUCCAUAUCUUGUUGUACAGAAACAUGAAUAUAUUGAUAGCGAUGUAUUUUCAUCUUCAGAUCAAGAAGAAUCACCAAGAAAACAUGCACGGGAGGAACUUUACCAAUCUUCAGUGUUCGGCUCCGAUCUCAAAAAUUCUUCAACAAAUCAUUCAACAUUGAAGCAAAAUGAGCCAACCGCCAGGACAAAGGCACUGCCUACGCCAGUCAAUAAAGACUUCUAUCGGUUGGUUCAUUCACCGAUAGUAAGUCGAUCGGAGUCAGUGACGUCAUGGUCAAUACCGGAAAUAUUCCGUUUCUCGCCGACUACACACCACUUUCAAUCCAGUACGGCAGUAUUUGAAAACACGCCUGUAAGAAGUGGGAGGUUUCACGACAGAGUGCAAAAGAUGACUUCAUUAUCUUCCAAUUAUCGAAAGAGAUUGUUUAAAAAAUCCAGGAAGCAUUCCACCUACAGGCGCAAUAAGCUGUCAAGAAUGGAACCUCUGCGUAGCUUUCUGUAUUUAGGAAAAGAUACAACGGGAGAGAGAUCUCUCAAACGUUCACCAUCUAGAACAAGAAGUCUUCCCAAUCUCUGAAUGUCGUGACUAUUGACUGCUGCUUUUAGAUUCCCAUCUGCUCUAUGACUCAUUAUUCUUUUGAUAAACUUUAUGCAAACGGAUCGCUAACUGAUAAACUACGAAAUUAUAAAACAUAACGAAGUUAUGAAAACAUUGCAUUCGAUAAAAAAUAUAUUAUUCAAUGUGUAAAGAUAAUAAUGGUUGUAUAUUUUGCAAAAUAGAAGUUAUUUAUGAUAGUAAUGUUAGAGACUUGUUGAUGUCAAUACAACGUUUUGAAUAUGGAUGUAUCGAUAA